GUCUCGCUGUAAAGAAAGCGCCGAGCCUCCCCUGAGCUCAAAAUAAUCGUUGAUCAAUUUCUUGUGUCUGUCGUAAGCCGAUAGAUAAUCGUAAGCCGGAAACAUUUUGUCAAUCGUUAUUUCUUAAAACGGGGUAAGAGUUCUUCAUUUAAAAACAACAACAAACAAUGCUAUCGAUUAGAAGGUUACUGAGGUUAAAGCUAGUGAAUACGAGAUUGGUCAGUGACUUCGUUAAAGUUGUGGAAGUUGGUCCACGGGACGGUUUGCAGAACGAGAAGAAAAUAUUGUCAACGUCAUUGAAGAUAGAUCUAAUAAACAGGCUUUCAGAGAGUGGUCUCGGAGUGAUAGAAGUGACGAGUUUCGUGUCAGCAAAAUGGAUUCCACAGAUGCAGGACAACGCUGAGGUUUAUCGAGGAAUAAAUAAAAAGCCGGGUAUAACGUAUCCGGUGCUCGUACCGAAUCUGAAGGGUUUGGAAAGUGCCCUUGAAGCUGGCGUUAAGGAGGUGGCCAUCUUUGCUGCGGCCUCCGAAACGUUUUCGCGUAAAAACAUUAAUUGUUCCAUUGAGGAGAGUCUCAAAAGGUUUUCCGAGACGAUGAAAAAAUCGAAAGAAAACAACAUUAAAGUGAGAGCUUACGUUUCCUGCGUGGUUGGUUGUCCCUAUGAAGGAGAAAUCAAAUCCACCACUGUGGCCAGACUCAGUUCAGCUUUGCUCGAACUCGGCUGUUAUGAAAUUUCCCUAGGCGACACUGUGGGCGUAGGAACACCAAAAAAAUUUCAUCUUUUGCUUCGAGAAAUACGAAACGUAUCGAGUGAUAUGAAAGAAUUUGCGAUUCAUUGUCACAACACUUAUGGCCAAGGAAUAGCCAAUGUAUAUGCUAGUUUAGAAAAUGACAUUAGAAUAUUCGAUUCUUCGGUCGCUGGCUUAGGCGGUUGUCCUUACGCAGCCGGCGCUUCAGGCAACAUCGCAACCGAAGAUUUGUUGUAUCUUUUGCACGGUCAAGGCAUGAAAACUGGUGUCGAUUUGGAUAAAAUUAUAGCCUCUGGCGACUGGAUUAGUCAACAACUUCAGAGAGACAAUCAGUCGAGAGUCGGGGUCGCGAUGCUCUCGAAACGGAAACAUUGAAGAAACACGCACUCUCAAAAAUAUUUUUUCAAUCAUUUAUCAAUAUUUUACCCCGCGUAUUCAAAGCCAAAUAUUUCAUUUGUUCUCGUUAAACUGACUUUUAACGUUUUUACAGCAAUACGAGAAAACUGAAACGAUUCAUUUUUGGUGGGGACAUCGAACAGAAUAAAAUAUUUGGCUAUGAAAAUGUUUGAAACAUUCCCAGGGCCAUAAACACUUUGAGCGAAUAUAUUCUCUCGCAUACAGUAAAAACAAAUUAAACGAAUGGAUCAAUUAAAACUUGAAUAUAAUAAAAUACUACAUAAUGAUGGUAUAAUGUUUAAAAAUUAUCUUCAUAUAUUAAUAUAUUAUUCGGGAUCGAAGAAUAUUUGGUAUUUUUUGUUUUGCACAUGAAAAAACGGUGUGAAUGGUGUACAAAUACAAGUGGCACAUUGCAUUAUUUGUAAAUGAAAAAAAUAAAAUAUAUUUUUGUAAUGAGAAGCUCGAGUGAGCCAUAAAAAAUUGAUGUAUUUUCUAGGAUAAUAAUAUGAUUGAAAUGAUAUAGAUAACUAGACUGUUUUGUUGUUCUAUGAAAGGACGUUGAGCAAUGAUUAUCAAGAAUCGUGAACGUCAUUGUAAAACUCGUUGCGAAUAUCGAUAAAGAAAAACACAAUAAUUUUGUUGAUGAAAUUUUUGAGAAUUUUAAUUUAAAUAAUAGUCUACUGAAAAUCAUUUCCAUGACCCACGAGACGGAUCACGUAGCGUUUUAAGAAUCGUACAAAAUACGCGAUAAUAAAUAUUAUAUUAUCAA